CACAAUUCUAUAACAUGCCACCUAAAAGCAAAAUACAUGAGGGGGAUGCUUAUUUUGUCUUAUCUACCUACCUAUCUACUUAUGUUACAUUACACGCCCAGAGAGAGAUGCUAUGCGCAUGUUUGACUGCUAAUCCCAUCGUGUUGACGCCAACAUAACAGGAUAGGAACCACUACACAAUUGAUAAUGAAUGACAUUAUAAUGAAUUGCAACUGGUAACAUUUCGUGGAAGCGUACUCACAUAUUGCAUCGUUUCGGUGGAUGACGUACUGUACGCAGGUGCGGGUAUCUGCUAUUACACCUAUUUGCCACUAGAUGUCCCCAUUUGAAAACACUGGCCAUCGCAUUAGGUACACCUGGGGCACAAUCCAAAACAGAGGCAUGAGAAUUAUCUUUUUGCAGUAUUUUACAUAUUCACACAACUGUAGUAUUAGAUCGAUGUGGGUAGUAAUUUGACCAAUGAGUGCAAGCGUCAAAGUAUGCAAGACAACAUAUAAAAAUAGCGAGUAAAACUAUAACUGUACAAACGGUUUGUACAACGUGAGCUAUUAGCAUGGAGCCGUAAACAAAGUGAGCUAUUAGCAUGGAGCCGUAAACAAAUAGCAACUAGCAACCUAGCAUGGGAGUUGUUUUGAGUUGUGCAGGAAGGAGGGGCUCUACGCGACACACACUCUGCACAAAGUUUAGCGCCCCCCCCCCCCCCCUCCAAGGUUGAAGCUCACCUCGCCCAGCUGCUCGUCCUCUACAUGUGCGUCUGCGUCGAAACGUCGAGUCCAAAACCAACCCAGCCGUCGAGGUCCUCGCAUGGCCGCCGGAACCUGCUGCAAGUGUCCCAUCUCUCUGUCCGUGUUCAAGCGCUCUCUCUCGGUAGCACCGCGGGGUUCAACGCCCGCCCAUCCUCGCUCCCUCCUGGCGGGCUGGAGGCUCGGAGAGCGGGGCCUGCAAGAGGCCGCCCGGCCCUCAAGCGUCCUCAGACCCUUGGGGUUCAGUCGACACACGGCCUUCUUUUGUCUGUCCUGUCAGGAGUCCAUGAGCGAGAGUCUGAGGACGUGUUAUGUGUACCUCAAUCAAACCAGCAGGAGUUUUGCAGCUGUCAUUCAGGCCUUGGAUGGGGAGCUAAGACACGCCGUUUGCAUUUUCUACCUGGUGCUGCGGGCGCUGGACACAGUGGAGGACGACAUGAGCAUCCCUCUGGACAAGAAGGUCCCCAUGCUGAAUGAUUUCCACACCUACCUGUACCAGGACGCCUGGAGCUUCAGUGAGAGCCGGGAGAAAGACCGCAAGGUUUUGGAAGACUUCCCCACGAUAUCACUGGAAUUCCGAAACCUGGCUCAGGAAUACAGGGAGGUUAUCUCAGACAUCUGCCACCGGAUGGGAACAGGAAUGGCUGAAUUCCUGGAGAAGAAUGUGGACUCCAUGAAGGAGUGGGACCAGUAUUGCCACUAUGUGGCAGGGCUUGUGGGCAUUGGCCUCUCUCGCUUGUUCUCGGCGUCACAGCUUGAGGACCCUGAGGUGGGCUGGGACACAGAGUUGGCAAACUCCAUGGGGCUCUUCCUCCAGAAGACCAACAUCAUUCGAGAUUAUCUGGAGGACACACAGGAGGGACGUGCCUUCUGGCCACGAGAGGCGUGGAGCCAGUUUGCAGGCCGACUGGAGGACUUGGCGCAGCCCGAGAAGCUGGAAUCAGCGCUGUCGUGUCUCAACCUGCUGGUCACUGAUGCUCUGCGCCACGUGCCAGACGUCAUCGCCUACCUGACACGUCUGCGCAACCAGAGCGUCUUCAAUUUCUGCGCUAUUCCUCAGGUGAUGGCAAUAGCUACACUGUCAACAUGCUACAACAACCCCAUGGUGUUCCAGGGAGUGGUAAAAAUCCGAAAGGGACAGGCUGUGACUCUCAUGAUGGAGGCCACCAAUAUGCGAGCGGUGCAGAACAUCAUCAGCCAGUACAGCCAAGAGAUUCUGCACAAGGUCUCCCUCACUGACCCGUCACGGGAGAAGACCCUGCGUAUCCUGGCCGUCAUCAGAGAGAAGUCGCAGUCCAGCAUCCCCAUCAGGAGCCCCCACCUGUCGCCCAUGUAUUUGUCGGCCGCCAUGCUGCUGGCCGCCGUCAGCUGGCAGUACCUCAAUGCCACAGCGGCGCAGGCACAGGGCGACAUGCAGGGACAGUAAAUGGGCCCCCCUCCCCCACAGAGACUUAUUAAACCUCCUUCACUGUCGUGGGGGUCCACUUGACCUGUGAAUGGUCGAAGCACAGCAGCAAAAAAAGCACUAGCAUAUGAAAUCAUUGUGGGUAAAAUCACCAGCAUAGAAUGGACUCUUGUUAGGUGUUUAUGGUCAUUUGGCUUCCUUCAUUUGUUAUCGUUUUCUCCCAUUAUGUGUAAAUAGUGAUGUGAUAUAAGGGAAAAUAUCUCCCACACACUCAGUGAACCAAAAUUCAUUAACAUUUUGAUGGAUUUUCAUCGUAUUUUGCUCAAAUCACAUUGUAAGCUAACAAAACACCACCUCUGUCUGUUCGUACUCCUUGAGAUGAAUUCUCAUGGGGUUUUUAUUGUGAUAAGAAGAGGAAAAUCACUGUGCAAAUGUAUUUGUACUUUCAUGUAUUCUGAAGCUGCUAGUCAAGUGUCCUUAAUAGAUCUUUGGUGAGUUUGAGUUUUUUUGUAAAGGGAAAGACAGAAACCCAGAACCAAAGGUAAAGCUAUACAAACAUUGCUAUGUGAUGUCAAUAUUAGAUUUAUAUGAUGAAUAUACAUUGGAGAAAAUAAAAUGGUCAGAGGAUAUAAAGAUGUUUUUUUUUUUUUUUACAACUGCGAACAUCACUGGAUGACUUUGGUGGACCACAUAGUACGUGUAUAUUGGACUAUGGGUAUUUGGUUUAGAAUUGGAUUUGUUGCAUGACACCUUUUAGUGCUGUGACUUAUGACAAUCAGCAUGUGAC